CGAUCCCACUUACACGACCACGGCACUGUAUCAAAGACUCAAUAUUUUUCGGCGAAGAUAAAAUCUUCAAAAUCUUUAUAUAUACUACAAAACCAUUGAUUAAAGUCUCAAACUUUCUCAGGUUUUUUAACGAGAGAGAGCUAACUCUGAGUUCAAAUGGUUGGAAUGAAUCGGGUUCUGAUAGCUUUGACGUUAGCUCUGGUAGCUUCGUCGGCGUUAUUACCUGUUUCCGAUGGCGCGAAGAAACCGUCGUCGGCGCCGAGAAAGGAGGAUGUUCCGUAUAUUAAGUGUCAGGUUUGCGAGAAACUAGCCUCGAGGCUAGACCAGCUUGUUAAGGAGAAGCAACAACAGAUCUCUCCCAAAAAGAUCUCUGAGUAUGAGAUCAUUGAGAUUGCUGAAAAUGUCUGCAAUUUGAAGAAAGAGGAAGCUGAUUGGAUGCUCAAGAUUGACAUUGUUGAGAAAGGUGAUAACCUUGAGUUGGUUGAGCAAUUAGAAGAAGGGAUGUGCAAUUCCAAGUGCAAGACGAUCGAGUCUGCUUGUCAAAAGGUUAUUGGUUACGCAGACACUGAUGUUGCAGAGUAUAUGUACACGUCUAAGCCUGAUCUUGUUUCACUAAAAAAUCAUCUGUGCAAAGACUUGACUGAUGCUUGUAGCAAGAAACCACCUCCUGUUCCCAAGGAUCGGGUUCCCGGAGAACCAUUUGUUGCUAAACCAUCUAAAGAUGCCGAAAUGGACAAGAUCUUGAGAUCUAUGCAGGGUAUGCCAGGAGCACCUGGCAUGAAAGUCUUCUCUAAAGAAGAUAUAGUGAAGGGCAAUAUUGGUAAUGACGAUGAAGAUGGCGAUGAUGAUGAAGAUGAGGACGAAGAUGACAAGUUUCCCAAGAAUUUGGGAAAAGUUCUGAAAGAGAAAGAGAAAGAGAGUAAAACGGAAGAAUUGAAAAAGACUAUCACCAAGGAAUUCAAGAAGACAGGUGAGGUUCUGAAGAGACAUGCGCAGAAAGUGUCAAACCGGGUCCGGAGAUGGUGGAAAGGACUUAGAUCGUCUUCUUCAAAGAAACCUAAAUCUGUGAAGUCUGAGCUAUAGAUACAGUUGCAUUACUGGUUUUGUCUUAAUGUACUCUUCUUCACGUUGACUUUUUGUAGAUUUCUUUUUGUUUCUAUAAUCUUGACAUCAGUUCUAUAACACAAGAUGGCACAUACAAGAGAUGGUUUAGAACAAAAUCAAGAGAUGGUUUAGAGCAAAAUCAUUAACUUUAUAAUAUAAAAAAGAACAGAAACAAAUGUUGCAAUGUAAAGCAUAUGGAAUGUUGUAAAACUGGAAGAAGAAAAAAUACAAAAACUAAAUCACAAUGUGAGAA